GUUCAAACUUCAAAUUUACGAGCGAAAAACGAAAACCGUUGGAAAAAGAGGCAAAAGUGCAGCGAGACCGAAGCAGCGGAACGGUAUUUCUCAGAUUUCGCCUAUUUUAAAGUGCUGAAAAGUCGGAUUGAGCGUCUGAAACACCUCGCAAGCAACCAUGUCACGUCGACAGGCUCAAAUAGACCUGUCGCUACAGAAAAUUGACAGCUCGGUGCGGCAGCAUUUGGCCAAGCUCCUGCAGCUCUGGGAACAAAUUGGUCUCAGCGAUGAAGCCAUCAACUCUAGAUUUGCCGCGUGCCAGGCGCACGUCAAUACCCUGUUUCAAGAGAUGGAGAAUGAAGAUGAAGGGCUCAAGGCCAAACUGAAGAGCAAAGUUGAGGUCUUGCUGAGCCAGUUGGCUGUCUUCAACCUUGACCUAGACAAAAAUGAGAGCAUAGAAAUUGAUGGCCUCACCCUCAUCGCUGCCAGAGACAAGCUGGACAAUUCGCUCAAAGACCUCAAGCUGAUGCAUCAGCUUCGACUUGAUGAGCGAACCAAACUGGAGAUGCAGGAAUUGAAAUAUUGCGAGCAAUUGGGCCGAGCUGUUGAGGAGAAACCUGCAGCCAAAGCUCUUUCAGAUCCAGUCAUGAGAGACUUCAGGGAAAGGGUUACCAAGCUCAAGCAAGACAAGGACACACUUCUUCUGGAAUUCCUGAAGACCAGAAGUGAAAUCAUUGAUUUAUAUUCAGAGUUGGAGGAGCAGCCUUCCACCGAAUUUCAAUUCCGAGUCACUGACCCAAAUACGGACACUUUCCCACUGGACCCUGACACUUUGGCUAAUGUUGCCGUACUGCAUGCAGACCUUGAUGACCGCGUCAAGCAGGUCACUGAAGAAACAGAACAACUCAGGAUGAAAUUGGCGCACUUGUGGGAUAGACUAGAGGUUGACGUUGAUGAUCGAGCUAUAUUCAUGGAAAAUAACCCUGGCAUUAGGAAAAACACUAGACAAGAGUUGCGUAGUGAAAUCAUUCGCUGCGAAGAACUCAAGAAGCAGAAUAUGGAGAAAUUCACGCUGAGGAUGAGAGACGAGCUGAUCAACUUAUGGGACCAAUGCCACGUUUCUGAUGAGGAGCGAGAAGCAUUUGCUCCUUUUAAGAGCUUGGACUUUACUGAGGAACUGCUAGAACAACAUGAAGUUGAAGUAAAGCGUUACGAAGCUUUUCUGGAGGAAAACAAAGAGGUGUUCAACCUUCUUUCACGCAGAGCUGAGCUCUGGGAGAGAAUGUGUCAACUGGAAAUUGCUGCCACUGACUCGAAUAGGUUGAACAACCGAGGUGGUCAGCUGCUGAAGGAAGAGAAAGAGAGAAAGCAAAUCCAGAAGGAACUCCCUAAGGUUGAAGAGCGAGUGAAAAGGUUGAUUCAUGCCAGGGAGGAGGUCCACGGCGAGCCAUUUUUGCUGAAUGGCCGACGCGCUUCUCUCGUGCUUAGCGAGCAGUGGGAGUCUAAGAGGCAGCUCAAAGAGGCCGAAAAGCACAGCAAGAAAAUGGCUCAGCAAAAGCAGUUGGAACGUGAAGCAAUGAUGGGAACUACUAUGAUGAGCUCAGCGAUGAAGAGGAAAAUGGUGCCAAAUACACCUGAAGUUGUCAGAAAGCAGCCCCGCAUCACUCCGGCCAAGGCACCUCUACCUGUGAGAGCAGCCACCACAGCCGGAAAGGUUGGCAAAUUCGCUAAGCCAGUGACUCGUCCUACCCAAAGGAAACUGCAGAUGGCUGGAAAUUCAAACACAGGCAGCACAGUCAAAGCGACCCUGAAGGUUGAGAUAAGCCAGCGUAACCCUGUCGACGACUCCAUAGCUUCCUCAAUUUCUUACACAGACUUCACGAAACAUUUGGAAUCAAGAGCUACCAGAAGUAGUGCAGUUCCCUCUGAGCCAAAGCGACUUAAUACGGUUCGCACCCCGCUUACACCUGCUAACUCAACCCUCCACAUCAGAACCCCAGAAGUGAAGCACCUAUUUGCUAAACCCCAGAUGCCUCAGUCCGCGCCUGCCAAAUCUUUCCGGAAUUUGAGGCCCACUUCUUCUACUAGACCCCAGUCCAACACUCGAGUCUCCACCAGGUCUGGUGUUACGAAAAUCAAACCUUUACCAAUUAUAUUUUAAUUUGUUGUCUUGUCCAAUUUUCCCAAAGUUCUUGUAUGUUUCUCUCUUUUAUAAAAUAACAUUUUUCCACAGCUCAAGAAUAUAAGCACUUUUAAGCUGAUGUAAUUAAUUUUCACUGUUCUUCUUCAUAAGGACUUAUUGCUUUACUUAAACACUAAUUUUGGUUCACCGCCAAGUCCCGUCCAUGUCUCCGAAUUUUUUAAUGUAGGGAUACUCCUUUUUAGGAAUGUAUAAAAAUUAAUAUGAAAAGUGUUUAACGCUAUCCUUGUCUACAUCAGCUUACAUUUUAUUUUAAUCAUUGCUACCCUACCCGAAGAAUAUCUCCGAAUGAAUUAAGUUGUUUCAAAUAUUUUACUAAUUGAUAAAUGCAUAAUUAAUAAAUAAUCAUAUAUUGCAAUAUUCA